AGACAGUAUAUAUGGGGUGGGCUUGCCAGUUCCUUCCCCGGGCCUUUCUUUACCCCGCAGCAUAUGCCGGGUACUCAUCACUGCACAGGACCCCCCCAUAAAGCCAGGGUGAUGCACACUCAUCACGCGAGGUCUCAACCUGGCUUGUGGACUUCCAGGCGUGAAAGCCAGCUGGGUUCCCCUAGCUGUAGCAACACCUCCAGCAGUACCCCGAGGCCUCCUCGCGCCGGCGGGUGCACCGUCCACACAUUCGUCCGCCGCUCUUCCUGCCUGCAAGUCUCCGCGGCGAUCAGAAACCAAGCCUUCGGGACGCCGCCCGGCUUUCUCACACGGGAAGGCGUGGAAUAGCCAGUAGAGGGAGCUGCGGCCCACGGGAAACCCCGAGCGCAACAAGCCGCCGAGGCAGAGGCGGGCACUUUGGAAGCGGGAGCUGACCGUGUUGCUGGUUCACUUUGUUGCGCGGCGGCGGCUCGUCUUGUCUUGCUUUAACCCCCUUCCCUGCCGUCGACUCGGGCGAUCUGCGUGGGCCAGAGCGGCUUUCCUAGCGGAGUUAGCAGCAGCAGCAGCAGCAGCUUCUGAGCCAGGACUGGUGGGAUUUCGCGGCUUUCUUCCCGAAGGGGUGGGGGAAGAAAAGCUUUGUGGCUGAGCAAAGAGAAACGGGGAAAACAAAUCCGCCAAGAGGGAGUGGUAAUCAGAAUGAAUGGACAUAUUUCAAACACCCAUCCCAGUGUAUAUGGAAAUUACUCUUCUCAAGUAAAUGGAUAUGGAUCACCAACGUUUUCUCAAAGUGAGAGGGACCAGAGUUCGAAGACGAGUGCAAAAGCUUUAUACGAGCAAAGGAAGAAUUAUGCACGCGAUAGUGUCAGCAGCAUAUCCGAGACAUCGCAAUACCAUGUGGAGCACUUGACUACAUUUGUUUUGGACCGGAAAGAGGCCAUGAUCACAGUAGACGAUGGAAUAAGGAAGCUGAAACUGCUGGAUGCCAAAGGCAAGGUGUGGACGCAAGAUAUGAUUCUCCAAGUGGAUGACAAAGCUGUCAGUCUAGUGGACUUAGAAUCAAAGAAUGAACUGGAGAAUUUUCCCUUGAGCACAAUUCAGCACUGCCAAGCUGUGAUGAACUCAUGCAGUUAUGACUCCAUCCUUGCCUUAGUUUGCAAAGAGCCAGCCCAAAGCAAAGCAGAUCUUCAUCUUUUCCAGUGUGAUGAGGUCAAGGCUAACUUUAUCCAUGAAGAUAUUGAAAGUGCAAUCAGCGACAGCAAAGGGGGGAAGCCAAAAAGGAGACUUGAAACCCUCAGGAUGAUUUCCAAAGCUGAUAUUGCCAUUCCUCCACCCCCGAGAGCACCAGCUCCUGUCCCCCCAGGUACUGUGACACAGGUGGAUGUCAGAAGCCGGGUAGCUGCCUGGUCCGCUUGGGCAGCCGAACAAGGGGAUUUUGAGAAGCCUAGGCAGUACCACGAGCAUGAAGAAAGCGCUGAAAUGAUGGCAGCCAAGAUCGACAGAGACGUUCAAAUUCUGAACCAUAUUUUGGACGAUAUUGAAUAUUUCGUCACCAAACUUCAAAAAGCGGCUGAAGCGUUUGCGGAGCUUUCGAAGAGGAAGAAAACCAAGAAGAAUAAAAAGAAAGGACCCGGUGAGGGUGUCUUAACUCUCCGCGCCAAACCUCCAUCUCCGGAUGAAUUUGUCGACUGUUUGCAAAAAUUUAAACAUGGCUUCAAUCUUCUGGCAAAAUUAAAGCCACACAUUCAGAAUCCCAGCGCACCUGAAUUGAUUCAUUUUCUGUUUACUCCCUUAAAUAUGGUGGUACAGGCAACAGGAGGUCCUGAGCUUGCUAGUACAGUCCUCAGCCCUCUUUUAACAAAAGAUACAACAGAAUUCUUGCGUUAUACUGUCACGAGUGAGGAAGGACACCUAUGGAUGUCUUUAGGUGACACAUGGACCAAGGCCAGAGCAGAGUGGCCCAAAGACCAGUUCAUCCCACCCUAUGUGCCACGAUUCAGAAAUGGGUGGGAGCCUCCUUUGCUGAACUUCAUGGGGGCCCCGAAGGAACAAGAGCUCAACCAGCUAGCAGAGUCCGUGGCAAACGUGGCUGAGCACCAGCGGAAGCAAGAGAUGAAAAGGUUAUCGACCGAGCAUUCCAGUAUCUCAGAUUAUCCUCCUUCUGAAGGAAAUUAUGAGGCACAUAAAACCCCAACCAAGAAAUAUGCCAAAACCAAGUAUGACUUUGUGGGAAGAAACCAGAGCGAACUCUCUGUCUUGAAGGACGACAUUUUAGAGAUCCUCGAUGACAGAAAGCAGUGGUGGAAAGUCCAAAAUGCCAGCGGAGUCACUGGAUUUGUGCCAAACAACAUCAUGGAGCCUCUCAGGUCUCAGGAAAGUGGCUCUGCGGAACCAGCUUAUAUGCACACUAUACAGAAACAAAGAACAGAGUUUGUUCCGAAGCAGCUUGACCCCACACCUGUCGUACCGUCGCCACCCCAGACGCCGCUUCCAGUCCCUCUCCCUCCAAGUAUGCCAGCACCUAUCCCAGUUCCUGUGCCAAAGGUGCCCGGAGCCAUCAGUCGGCAGAGCAGCACAUCGAGCGAAGGUGGGCGAGAUGGCCAGAGGCAAAAGCCGCCCCCUAUAGACCGAAGGAAAUCUCAGAUGGAAGAAGUUCAGGAUGAACUCAUUCACCGGCUCACCAUUGGCCGGAGUGCUGCCCAGAAGAAGUUCCACGUGCCACGCUCUAAUGCCCCAGCAGUCAAUAUCAGCUAUGACUCCUCUCCGGAAGACGUGAAAACGUGGCUUCAGGCCAAAGGAUUCAACUCAGUAACUGUCAACAGCCUUGGAGUUUUGAGUGGCGCUCAGCUGUUCUCUCUCAACAAAGACGAGCUAAAGUCUGUGUGCCCGGAAGGAGCUCGAGUCUACAGCCAAAUUACUGUUCAGAAAGCUGCCCUGGAGGCUACCAGUGGAAGUUCAGAAUUACAAGAGAUCAUGAGAAGACGGCAAGAGAAAAUCAGCGCUGCUGCCACGGACUCAGGAGUAGAGUCCUUUGACGAGAGCAGUGGUCACUAAAUGUCUUUUCUAUCAAUUUUUGUUGUUUAAAAAACAGGAGAGAGAGAGAGAGUUCCAAUCGUUCUGGGCAUUGUUCCAUCAUGCUUUGUUUUAGGAAGUCAUGGGAAGGAAAUGUCUGGUUGAUGAUUACUAUUUAUAUAGAUACAACUUGAUGCCAUAAAGAAGCCUUCACCAACCUGGCAUCCUCUAGAUGUUUUGGACUACAACUCCCAUCAGCCCCAGCCAAUGCUGGCUGGGGCUGAUGGGAGUUGUAGUCCAAAACAUCUGAAGGGUGCCAAGUGGGCAAAGGCCACCAUAAAGAAAGCAUGCUGUGGGGAGGUAAACUGGGAGGGGGGGGACCGAUACUCCUUAUAUAUAAUAAAGAUAUAUUAAAGGGGAAAUUAACUGGCAUUCCCAAGGCUGGUUUGGUGAAACUGGUUGUUUCAUGCUUUCUGUUCUUUUCUCUUUUUGUUUUUUAAGUGGGCAUGUAAAAUCACACUGCUGUUUUUGGGACAGUGAUAGCCACUGAGCGCUCAACCCGACAUGGGGAAGCUGUAGACCUCUAGACACUGUAGGACUCCAACUUCCAUUAGCUAAUGGUCAUAGCAUGGCUAACGGUCAGGGAUGAUGGGAGCAGUAGUCCAACAAUAUCUGGAAGGUCACCGGUUCCCCAUCUCUGCCAUUAAACUGUGUUGAAAUCUCCAACUCCAGUGUGAAUCCAAAGGGUGACUCUUUUCAAGAGCAGCUGAUUUCUACAGGAGAGCUAAAUGUCUGUGGGCUUAGCUCUGCCGCUUGAAAUCAAUGGGACUUAAAUGGGCACCACAGUGUCAAGAUCCUCCCUUUUCUGCACCUCAUCACUUUCAUCCAUAGUCAUACCCUCUUUCUCUUAACGUCUCAUUUCUCAGCACCAAGAUGUCCAAAUUUCUUCAAAAUAUCCUGAAUGCCAACAACUGGAUGCUAAAAAGUUUUUUUUUUAUGUAUAUAUCAAGAGCAGCCCUAAUCUUCCAAGCACAGACUGUAAUUCUUCUGACAACUUCACAAGAUGAUUUCUUAACGGACGUGUAGAUAGCAAAAUAACUUAUUCUGGAUUCCAGUUUUACUGCUGUUCCAUUGGGGAUAAGCACAAACCAAUAAAGGCACAAAGCAAACAAUA